AUGGUGGACCGCCUUCUGGCCAAUCAUCAGUUCAAGUCGCCGCUCAUUGCUGGGGCGAUGAAGGCGGUCGACCGCAAGAACUACGUCCCGUCCGGCUGGAGUGCAUACGACGAUUCUCCGCAACGGAUCGGUUUCAACGCGACCAUCUCGGCGCCGCACAUGCAUGCGAAGGCAUGCGAGAAUCUGCUCGAUCACCUCUUGAUCGCAGACCGAGUUCACGGCGCCGUCCUUGACGUGGGAUCUGGGAGCGGGUACCUGACCGCUGUGCUGCACAAGAUCGCGCCCAAUGCGACCAUCGUCGGCAUCGAUCACCUCCAAGGUUUGGCCGACCUUGCCCGGACCAAUCUGGACAAGGACGGCGUUAAGCAUGGGCCCAGUGAGAAGGUGGAGAUUGUCUGCGGAGACGGUCGUGCCGGCUGGGCCGCCAAAGCUCCAUAUCAGGCGAUUCACGUAGGCGCAGCCGCUCCAACGAUGCCGGCCGCGUUGGUCGAGCAGCUCGCCGCCCCCGGGCGUAUGUUCAUCCCCAUCGGCGUCGAGGAUCAGGGUGAGUGUCAGAGCUCGGCACGGUCAUUGAGGUCCGCAAAGUGCGAAGUUGACAAGGACGGAGACGGCAACGUCACGCAGAAGAAGUUGUACAAUGUCAUGGGGAAGCAGUGGGAUGGGCAGUCGCAGCACGACCUGCAUGCCCACAACUCCCCGGGACGCUAA